UUCAAGCGGAGAAACAGUUGGCCAAGGAAGUCAGCUUCUCGGAGCUCAAGAGUAGAUCCGACGUUAACUCAUUAAAGAUGGCAUGGAAGCACAGUGUCAUUAUGCAAAUGGGAAGAUUUCUUCUCUUAGUAAUUUUAUUUCUGCCACGUGAGAUGACAAGUUCUGUUUUAACUGUGAAUGGUAAAACUGAGAACUAUAUCCUGGAUACUACACCUGGCUCCCAAGAAUCUCUGAUAUGUGCUGUUCAAAACCACACCAGAGAGGAAGAACUGUUCUGGUACCGAGAAGCAGGGAGAGUGGAUUUGAAAUCUGGAAACAAAAUCAAUUCCAGCUCUGUCUGUGUCUCUUCCAUCAGUGAAAAUGACAACGGAAUCAGCUUUACCUGCAGGCUGGGGAGGGAUCAAUCCGUGUCCAUUUCGGUGGUGCUGAAUGUUACUUUUCCUCCUCUCCUAAGUGGAAAUGACUUCCAAACGGCGGAGGAAGGCAGUGAUGUGAAGUUGGAUUGCAAUGUGAUAGCCAACCCCCAGGCUCAAAUGAUGUGGUACAAAAACAGCAGUCCCCUGGAUUUAGAGAAAAGCCAUCACCAAAUCCAACAGACAAGUGAGUCUCUUCAGCUGUCAAUCACCAAAGUCAAGAAAUCUGACAAUGGAACCUACAGUUGUAUUGCAAAGUCACCUCUGAAAACGGAGAGCUUGGACUUUCACCUGAUUGUUAAAGAUAAAACCAUUAGUGUACCAGCAGAGCCCAUUAUUGCUGCAUGUGUUGUGGUCUUUCUGACAUUGUGCUUUGGACUGAUUGCUAGAAGAAAGAAAAUAAUGAAGCUCUGCAUGAAGGAUAAAGACCCUCACAGGGAAACAGCUCUAUGAGAAAGAUGAGAUGCAUCGACUACAGAGAGAGAGUUUUGCAUCAGGACCUCCACAAUUUAUGUAGUCCCAUCUGUAUUUAUUGCUAUUAUUAAAUUCACUCCUGUCACUUCUAUUUCAUUAAUCACUUAACAGUAGUUGUUAUGACUAAUUUGAUAUACUUGUGGAACACUUUUAUGGAGUGAGCUAUUAAGAAUGAAAAGUAAGAUUUUGUUAAGUCUUCUCCUUGAAGUAUACAUUAAUUAAUUGAGAUUUGUUCUAAAUAGGUUGUUAGUCAUUUACAGUUUAGUGUGUUUUCUCCUAGGUGGGAGAUACUUUGGUUUCACAAAUCAGUGCAAAACCAAAAAAAAAAAAAAA